AUGGAUAUCUUUUUCAAGGUUUAUCUUAUCGCCCUUCUCAACUUCUCCAACCAUGAACGAAUACGCCUUCGAGGAUCGGAAACUGCAGAGCCUAUAAUCAGGGACGUUGGUAGGAUUAUUGUUUCGGGAUAUGACACUAGCUAUAGCCUUCCUCUUGAAGUUGCCAAGAGUGCGUUGGAAAAGUAUUUCUCUUCAUGUGGAGAGAUCACGGAUGUGUCCUUUGACGACUGUUCUGCUUAUGUAUAUUUUGUGGGAGAAGGCGCAGUCGAUAAGGCCUUGCAACUUAAUGAUAGUGAAUUGGAUGGAUGGAAGCUCACUGUUCAGCCUUUUCCGUUUCCCAAUGCAAAAGAUAAGAUUAUCGUAAGUGUUGAAGGAUUUGACACUUGCCUUAGUCAAAUUGAUCUCGAGAGCGCUUUAACUCCUCUGUUCUCUCCAUAUGGAAUGAUCGAAAUCCUCUUGAUUAACGAGGGCUCUGCUUUAGCUGCUAUUUACGGAAAAAACAUUGCAGAUAAGGCGUCUGAACUAAAUGGGUUCUACAUGGGAGAACGCAAAUUAGCUGUUCGUUGGCUUUCUGUACCGAGAAUACAUUCUGUUCACUCACUCCCCUUCCGCAAGGGGCCAACUAUUGCUCUCCUAGAUUCCGAUAGCUCUACCAGUGAUGCAAAGGUUUCCUCGGGCCGGACGGAGAUUGGCCCGCACUUCGGUGUACUAGCUAAAGCUUUACGUCUAUCUGGUGGAGGUCAUGUUCACGUAAACUUGAAGGAGAUAAUGUAGCCAUUCCACAAAGCAGUGAAAGCUCCAAGACCCCAGAACAACCUCCUGAGAAGAAAAGGAGCUCAAACGAGGAACAGCAAACACCUGUCCGAGAUGAGCUCUUUGUUGUAGAUAUACACAUGGGCGACCCCAACGGCAAGGAGGCUAGUGUUGGAAAAUGGGUUUCUGUCCAUCUUACUGGAAUUCUUAAGAAGAAUGGGCAGGUUUUCUAUUCCAGUGUUGGAAAACCACCUGUUGAGUUUUGUCUAGGUGAGAAACAUGUCAUUAAAGGAUUGGAUGUUGGCAUUACUGGCAUGCGUGUUGGUGGCAAAAGAAAGCUUACGAUUCCUCCAGAAAUGGGGUAUGGUGCGGAAGGUACUUCUAAGAAUAUUCCUCCUCACGCUUGGCUGGUGUUUGAAGUCGAACUGGCUGGUGUUUGAAGUCGAACUGAUUGGUGCUGCUCGUUCUCUCCAUGACAUGAAAGUGUAAUGAUAUUUAAUGUCGAUUCCCUCGACGGUUCGAAAGAUUAGGACCAUAUGUGCUUAGGCCAGGCCAGAAAUAAAUUGACCGCCCAAUAAUGAUUUUUUUAAAAAAAAUUAUAAAUACCCUCUUCUGACCUAAUUUAACCCCUAAAAGUAAAACUGUAAAGAUAUCUUUUUCAAGAGUUAUCGCCCUUCUCAACUUCUCCAACCAUGAACGAAUUCCCCUUCGAGGUAACCUUCUUCUUCUUCUUUCCCUUAUGGAUUUUCUUCUGAUUCACUCUCUAUAACCCCCCUAGCGUGUCUCUCAAUUAAUGAUAUCUUCACAAGUAAUUUUUCUGAUUAGAUCUUUUGUACUUUUUGGGUAAGAAAUUGCAGCCUAAAAUCAGGUAAUUUAUAAAUUGAAUUGAUAUUUGUAUUUCCCUUUUUGUUUUUUGGUAUUUGUAAGAUGUGGGAUGCAUGUGUUCUCGUAACGUUGAUGAUAUAUACGUAUGGUAUUCUUUUGUAUCUUUUAAUAUCCAGGUGAAUUGAUAUAACAUCUAUUUGUUGCAGUAAGGUUCUGGUAAGAGUUGAAGGACUUGACACUUCCCUUAGUAAGAUUGAUAUCGAGAACACUCUGAAUAAUCUGUGGUCUUCAUAUGGAGAG